AUGGUGGCGAACCCCUCCACAGGUUCGACCGCCCGGUCCCGUCGCUCCGCCUGUGAUCGUUGUCGAGCCUACAAGCUCCGCUGCCAGCGAGACGAGCAACCCAACGAACCAUGUGACCGGUGUUUGAAGGCCCACUUGGUCUGCACGACCACAUUUGACCAGGCUUCGCAGAGACCGAACGGCGGCGGCGGCGGCCACCUUCACAAUGGCAACGAGCGCGGUGCGAGAAUGGAGACCAACGGAAACCUGGAGCCCCGUUUACCGUCCCCGGACUGGUCGAAUUCCCCACCAGAACACCCGAGCCGGAGAGAUAGCGGCUACGACUCGCGUUUGCCGUCCGUGAUCUUGCCGUCUCCCGCGCAAGGCGAGUUUACGCGCGAUACCGUCGUUCCUUCUGCCCUCGAAGACAUGCGGAGAAACGGGAUAAAUCGUCCGAUCAUGAGCACGGCGAGGAGAGUGGCGGAGGAUACGGCGGACGCAAUGCCAUUGGACCAAGAGUCGCUGGAUAUCGACGGAAUGGACUUCUCCAUGCCGGAUAUGGCGUUUGACUCCAAUGACUUGUCCUUAUUGAUCGUCGAUUACCCCGUGGACCACAACAAGUCUCUGUCUAGAGCAAUGGAACGCGGCAGGCAAGGGGACGGAGAAGACGCAGGACGGCGAUUCAGCUACGAAGACUUUUCCACCACCGGCCCUGCCAGAAACCGACGCUCCCCGACGGUGGCGGAAGAACCGCCCCACGAUCCAACCAAGAGCCACAAAGACCUGCUGAGGCUGAGCCUGGAGCUCAUGGAAGACCAGCAGAUGAUGGAUAUGAAGGCGCCCUGGCCUCCCAAACCCCCGCUAACCCCCAACCCGUUGAAGUGUUCCUCGUCCAUUCAGCAGCAGCCCGUUAACCGCAUGCUCGAUCAGGCCUCGCGGCUGUGGGAUAUCCUGAAGAGCCUGUCCGCGGCGAGCGAGGUGCAGAAGCCGCACCAGGGUGCUAGGUAUGAAAACGGCACGAGCAAUCGUGUGAAUGGCAGCAGUAACGGCAACGGACAGGGCGCGUCGGCGAAAGGUCCCGAUCCGCUGUUGAGCGCGCAUCUGGUUACGACGUAUGUCUGCCUGAUACGCACUUGUCGAGCCGUCUUUGCGCGACUGUACCACGCGCUGCUCAUGGCACCCACAAGCGAGGUGAAUUCUCUCAUUAGCUUACCGGGCUUGCAGUUUGGCAACUUCCCGCUCGAGAAUAACUUGGCGAUUCAAGUCCGGGUUUUGAUCGAGCUUACCUCGGGAAUGCUGCUUCGUAUCAGCAAUGCCCUCGGGAUAAACCCAGCGAGCAUCAUGGGCGGGUCGUCGUCUCCCAAGCCCAACGAAGAGUCCGAACACCGACUGCCCUUUAUCAGUGAUCCCGUCGCCAUAUCGAUCCGUGAGAUUAUCCUCUCGCAGGAAAUGAUGCAGAGUGUUAUCUAUCUCCUCCGUGUCGAUGUCGGUUAUGACGGGCCGGAAGAUGAGGUGAGACAAGCGAUGGAGGUCUUGGCAGCAUGA